AUGGCCUGGCUUGAUCUGUUUCCUGUUUUAAUUGAUUUACCGAAUUUCCAAUUGUCAAGCGAUGUACAUGAUUCUUUGAUUUGGAAAGAUGCACAAGGCAUUGAAAAACCCUUUUGUUCGACUGUUGUGUGGGAUUCUAUACUUUUUAAACAGGAGGAAGUUACAUGGCACAAGAGUGUUUGGUUUCCCCAGAUGAUACCAGACAAGAUGAUGUGGCUUAUUAUGAGACGAAAACUGAGGACACAAGACAAGAUGAUGCAAUGGUGUUCAGGAGCAAAUAUGAAUUUUAAUCUUGUGUGCUGCUCCCUUUGUACACAAGGACCUGAUUCCCAUAACCAUUUGUUCUUUGAUUGUAAUUUUUCUAAACAUGUAUGGAGUCAAGUGCGUCACCUAGCUCAAAUUCAUCAAGUGAGCUCGAAAUGGGAAGACAUUCUGGAUUGGAUAACUACACGAGCCAAUUCCAAAUCUGCCAAGAGUGUAAUUGGAAAGUUGCUAGUUGCUACUACUUAUUUCAUAUGGCAAGAACGAAAUAGAAGAUUAUUUUCUAAUGAAGUGAGGAAGGUGGAUCAGAUUAGAGACAUUGUGGCUACAAGUGUUCGUUUGAAGCUUGUCACAUUGAGAUUCAAGUAUUCGAAUCAAGUUGGAAGAUUUGUGGAGGCUUGGAAUUUGCCUAAAGGGCUGGUUAUAUAUAACCCUUAA